CGAAAAGGAAACCCUGAGACCCAGAGUGUGUGGCUUCUGGCAAUUUCCUGAGUUCCCCGAACCUCAGUUUCUCCACUGGACACCGAUAUCAACCCUUCAUGAGCCUUCAGAGUCGACUUAUUCUGUAGAACCCCAGAGAUGAAGGGCCUCCUCACACUGGCCUGGCUCCUGGCUUGUAGUGUGCCUGCUGUACCCGGGAGCUUGCUAGACCUGAAGUCAAUGAUUGAGAAGGUGACGGGAAGGAACGCCCUGACCAACUACGGCUUCUACGGCUGUUACUGCGGCUGGGGUGGUCACGGGACCCCUAAGGAUGCUACUGAUUGGUGCUGUUGGCUGCAUGACCACUGCUAUGGGCGGCUGGAGGAGAAAGACUGCAGCAUCCGGACACAGUCGUAUAAAUACAGAUUCACAGGGGGUCUGGUCAUCUGUGGGCUCGGGGCACUCUGCCAGGUCCAGCUGUGCACCUGUGACCGGAGUCUCGCCUACUGCCUGAGGAGGAACCUGCGGAGCUACAACCCUCGGUAUCGAUACUUCCCCAACGCCUUCUGCUACUAGUUACCCCGGUGGCCCUGCGACAGGACAGCGCGCCCGGUCAACCCCUGUGCAGGCCUUGUUCUUUCCGGAUCGCCGAUUGCCGCUGGCCUGGAGGAUGGCCCCGCCCUCUUGAGGACCCCAGAGUGUGGCCCUGUCGCAAGGCAGGAAGGUCGGGUGCCAGGU